AUGAAAGUUGCAAUUAAAACAAUAUCAAAUAAAACAUAUGACAUCGAUAUCGAGACAUCUAAGAAUGUUUUGGAUCUUAAGAAAGCACUAGAACAGAAAUUUUCAAUUGAAUUAAAGCAAAUCAAUUUAAUUUAUCAUCGUAAAAUCCUCCGUGAUGACCAAACUUUAGAAUCCUUGAAUUAUAAGCCAAACGAGUUUAUUAUAUUACAUAAGCAAGUCAAUGGAGCCAAUAUUUUAGAACCGAAGAAAGUCAACCCAUCCAGAAAAGAUAUGGAUAGAAAGAAUAGAUCAAAGCAUAGCCUUGAUUACCCUCCAGGCAGUUUUCCACCUGAAUCUACUUUAGUUGAUUUUGAUGCAGAAGAAGAAAGUAGUAACAUGGAAGAAGAAUUGGGAAGUGACCAAUCCGAAUCUGAACAAUAUUCCGAAACUGAAACCGGAGACAAUGACUUUUACAAUAAUUUGUCACUAGAAGGCAAAAAAGUGUUCAAUACAUUUGAAAAGAAAGGAUACGGUGAAGAUAAAUUUAAGGAAUUGUUUGAAAAAUGCGGAUCUAGUUACGAAAAUAUGAAGAAGAAAUACUUCGAAUUAUUUGGUGAACAAUAUCCAGCUUUUGACUCUUAA